AUGGAGGCCCCCGUGUCCCCUCAGCGCCGGGGACAGAGCGCCGGCAGCCGAGGAGAGCAAGCCCGGCAGCUGGUCAUCGACCUGGAGACUCGAGGGAAACGGGCUUUCCCUGUAUUUCUCUCGAUCCUGCGGGACACUGGGCAGGGCGACCUCGCGGACAUGCUGAGCGAGGCGUGCGAGCGCCUGCCAGCACCGCCGCAACCGGUAGACCUGAGGCCUGUGGAGCUGGCCCUCACUGGAGAAAAGCAUAAUAAAAAUGCGAACUUGCCUGAGCGUUCAUCGAUCCCGAUCCGAGCGGAGAGCGAAAGACCUCAAACACCUCCCGUGCCAGCCCGGGGUUCGGCCGUUGGUGAGAGGAGCUGCGAUCUGGUGUACGAGGUGAGAGCGGACCCGUGCGGAUACUGCCUGAUCCUCAACAACGUCACCUUCAGCCGAGACUCGCAUCUGUCGAAUCGCGACGGCUCCGAUGUGGACUGCGAGAAGCUGGAGAAGCGCUUAAGGGCCUUGCGCUUCCACGUGCUGACUCGGGAAGCUCGGGAAAUGGUUUCGGAGCUGCAGAAGCUGGCGCGGCGGGACCACGGCGCCUUGGACUGCUGCGUCGUGGUCAUCCUCUCGCACGGCUGUCAGACGAGCCACAAUCAGUUUCCAGGAGGUGUUUACGGAACGGACGGCAAACCCAUUUCCGUCGAAAAGAUUGUGAACUAUUUCAAUGGGUCCAAUAGCCCGAGUCUGAGAGGGAAACCCAAACUCUUCUUCAUCCAGGCCUGCGGCGGAGAACAAAGAGACCGAGGCUGUGUAGUGGAUUUUGAUGCGCCCCACGAUGAGGCUCCCAGUGGUCCUUUGGAGUUGGACGCGACCCCUUUUUGGUCUCCGUUGGGUAACGUGGAUGAGCCAGAUGCCGUAGCCAGUUUGCCGACGCCCAGCGACAUCUUGGUCUCGUACUCGACCUUCCCAGGUUUCGUCUCCUGGCGGGAGGCAUCGCGCGGCUCGUGGUACGUGCAGAAGCUGGACAACGUGCUGGAGCAGCACGCCCGUGCGGAAGACCUGCUGACCAUGUUACUGCGGGUGGCGAACGCCGUCUCUGCCGAGGGGACGUACAAGCAGAUGCCGGGCUGUUUCAACUUUCUCCGGAAAAAAUUCUUCUUCCCGUGCAAAUGA